AUGGUGCGGACCAAAGCAAACUAUGUCUCGGGAGCCUACAGAAAAGUGGUGGCUUCUCGAGCCCCCAGGAAGGUGCUUGGCUCCUCCACCUUUGUCACCAGUUCUUCAUCGUGUUCGUCGAGAAAAGCUGAAAAUAAGUAUGCAGGAGGGAAUCCAGUUUGUGUGCGCCCAACUCCAAAGUGGCAAAAAGGCAUUGGAGAAUUCUUCAGGCUGUCUCCUAAAGAUCCUGAAAAAGAGAACCAGGUUCCUGAGGAAGCAGGAUGCAGUGGCUUAGGAACAUCGAAAAGAAAAGCAUGUCCUUUGCAACCUGAUCACCCAGAUGACGAAAAUGAAUAG